AUGUCGGGCGUAAAAGAGGGCGAAAUGCAGAGUUCUAAGCCGAAAAAAUCUUAUGAAUUCGACGACCUUUUAGCCAUGGUUGGCGGCUUCGGUCGAUAUACCUUUCUUCUUUAUGCAUUUAUGUGUGUAAUGUCUCUUCCCAUCGGACUACAGCAUCUGGUCCAAGUGUUUUACGGUGCCACUCCAAAGUAUUCCUGCGUUGCUUUUUCGAACGCAGAGGGAAACAAAACUUGUACCGUUCUGAAAGGUGGAACGUGCUGUGAAAAAUGCACCGACUACAACUUCAGUAAUCGUUUGACUAGUGCAGUCACUGAUCAAUAG